GCGCGCUGUGAUUGGCCGGCGCGCACAAUGUAUCCAUUGAGACGUCCCGUGUUUGUAUCCAUUCAGUAGGUGGCUGGGCCGCGCAGAGCUGAUUGAUCCGGAGAAGGAGAGAGAUAGAGGAGGAGGAGGAGGAGGAGGAAAGGAGGCCAUUCACUGAGAUCUGCAGCAGCAGACGGCUCCAUUCAAGGAAGGCUCCGCACCCCGCUCCCUCCGCACCCGCUCCCGUCCUUCCGCACCCCGCUCCCGUCCCCAAUGAUAGACAAGCUGAGACCCGUACACCCAGACAUGGCGCUCAGCAAGUCGGUGGCCUGGCUCAAUGAGCAGCUCCAGCUGGCCAACGAGCGCCUCCUUGUCAUGGACUGCAGACCCCCGGAGCUCUACGAAUCGUCCCACAUCGACGCCGCCAUCAACGUGGCCAUCCCCGGCAUCAUGCUGCGCCGACUCAAGAAAGGCAACCUACCCAUCCGAUCGCUCUUCACCCGGGGAGAGGACCGGGACACGUUUGCCCGGAGGUGCGGCUCCGACACCGUCAUCCUCUAUGAUGAGGGAAGUGCCGACUGGAACGAGAACACCGGAGGGGAGUCCGUGCUGGGACUUCUCAUGAAGAGGCUGAAGGACGAGGGAUGCAAGGCGUUCUACCUGGAAGGUGGUUAUAACAAAUUCCAGGCCGAGUAUCCAGUGCAUUGUGAAACCAAUCUGGAUAGUUCUUGCAGCAGUAGUUCCCCGCCAGUGCUAGGCUUGGGAGGCCUCCGAAUCAGCUCCGAUUCUUCAUCGGAUAUCGAAUCCGACAUCGACCGGGACCCCAGCAGUGCCACGGACUCUGACGGCAGCCCCUUGUCCAACACACAACCUUCAUUCCCAGUUGAAAUACUGCCCUACUUGUACCUCGGCUGUGCCAAAGAUUCUACCAAUCUGGAUGUUUUAGAAGAGUUUGGGAUUAAAUACAUCCUGAAUGUGACCCCCAACCUGCCCAAUCUCUUUGAAAAUGCCGGGGAGUUCAGGUACAAGCAGAUUCCAAUAUCGGACCACUGGAGCCAAAACCUGUCCCAGUUUUUCCCAGAAGCCAUCUCUUUUAUUGAUGAGGCUAGAGGAAAAAGUUGUGGUGUCCUGGUACACUGCCUUGCAGGAAUCAGCAGGUCCGUCACAGUCACGGUGGCCUAUCUCAUGCAGAAGCUAAACCUUUCCAUGAAUGAUGCCUAUGACAUAGUCAAGAUGAAGAAGUCCAACAUUUCCCCCAACUUUAAUUUUAUGGGUCAGCUGUUGGAUUUUGAAAGGACAUUGGGACUUACCAGCCCUUGUGACAAUCGCGUCCCUCCUCAACAAUUGUAUUUCUCGAGUCCAGGCAAUCAAAAUGUCUUUAAAGUAGAUUCUUUGCAUUCUACGUGAGACUGAAUCUCUGCAAUAUGUUGGCGAUAAUCAUUCCUAUACAGAAAAGGGUUUUUGUCUGUCGCAAGCUUUUGACAGAUGUGUUACCGAUAGGAGGUAAUAAAUGACCUGUGAAUCAAAGAUUAUUAAAGUGAGAAGAGAUGGCUGGUUGAAGUCUCCAUGUUCUGGAGAGCGGAAUCUUCGGACCUCCAAAUGAUUUGGCAGGGUUACAUGAGAGCACUGCCUUAAUAAUGCAGUGGCUUGAGAGCCAAUCAAGUAGAGUUGGACUACAAACAAUCCAUAUGUUUUGGAUGGACUAUAUAUAUAUAUUUUACGUAUAUAUCGUUGUCUUCUGUGAAGACCGGUUCUCCUAAAAUUCAAAGGAGCCAAAGAAAGCAUUUAAAACUUCAAAAGAAUUUUGAAGUAUUAUAUUAUUAUUUUUUGGUAGCACUGUCAAUAUUUUUACUUUCUCUCUUUUUUGUGUUUUUUUUUUUUUUUUUUUUUUAAGACUUGAGGUGGACUGGACUUGACAUAAAUGGUUUUCAUAAAAAGUGUAGCAGAGUUGAGUAGUGAAAAGCACUGCAAACCGUCAUUAUUGCUUAAGCUGAGGCACAUCUUGCGUGGCUUAGUGGUAGUUGUAAUGACUAAUGUUGCUCUUCAGCAUCAGGAUAUGAAGAUCCUGUAUUUGUAUGCACAGAAGGUUGUUUGUUCAUUUACAAUUGUAAUUCUGAUUCACAUUCAUGUAAACUUUGCCUGAGCGUUUGAACCACAUAGUGGUUUUCAUGUUUUUAACACUUGUAAUUGCUCUUAAACUUAAUGUGAAUUACCUCUGACCUUUUUUAUGGAGCCACACCUAUAAUGCUAUGGUAUGUAUGAGGGUUUUUUUUUUUUUUUUGGGUUGUGUAAACUGGAAGUAUGUACCAGUGACCUGCAAAGCUUGGAUUGCACACUUAUUGCCAAUAAGGGAGAAGCAUUGUGCUCCCAAAUGUCCACGGGAUAAAGUUUUAAGAAAUUUAUUAUAGAUCUUUUAAAUUAUUAAUAAAUCACUAUUUUGGUUAUUGAA